CCUAUAGUUGAUGUGGAUGGACAAUGUCCAAACUCACCGGUGGAAGGUUUCCACGAGAGCCGCUUGGUCGGAAGAGACGGAAGUAAUUGACGCCUUCCCCCCCAGGGACACAAUCCCGUAUGGAGUUGCAAUGAGCACGGAACUCUGUUCGACGGCUGGCUGUUGGACUCGAAUGACUCGUUCACCUGAUGCCUUGCCCCCCAUCUUGACCUACCGAGUGACGAGAAGUGCGACGCAUCUUGAUCUGAUGAACGACCUUGGCUAGGCCUCGAUGCGGAUUCCCCCCCAGCCCGUCCUACACCCACGUCUCUUUCUCUCUCACUCCCUUACACACUUACAGUGUAUCUCCAUCCUUAUCCUCAUCCUCAUCCUCGUUCCAUCUCCAUCUCAUUCUCAACUCAUCCUCAUCGACCACUCUUCCAUCCUCAGACCCGGGGCCUGCAAUCCAUGUGGCUGCCAGCAAGAAAUCCGUCACUUGUCUCGUCUGCCGAGCUCGUAUAUCAAAGUCUGUUCACCAAAGGUGAAAUUCAGAGAAAGGCGGGCAAAUAGGGGUGGGGGGCAGUCUGUUGAGACUUGUGAGCAUCCUAUAGAACGCAUGCGUCAAUUCGCUCGUGACCGAGAGAUUGUGUGUUUCUACGUUCACGUUCGUUCAAAGAGAGAGAGAGAGAGAGAGAGAGAGCCGUCCUCGCCAGGUAACGCCGAGGCCCAAGCUAAAACAUCUGCGGAUCGGCACUUCUCCCCGUUGGCGAUUUCGGGAUACUCGCAGGCGGGAAUGUCAGCGGGCGUGUGGUUUGGAUCUAGGAUCUGCUGCUACCGGGUCCGACCGAAGCAAACAAACAACCAAACCUUGACACGAUGACCUUUGCAGCGCGGGGGAAAUGCUCCCGCUGGGCUGCAAAGGGAAGUUAGCUUGAGGGCCCGGUUGACCCGGCACUUUGGAGUUUGAUGUACGAGGAGAAAAACCGCAAACUAGGCGGGGCCUGAUACGCGCUGAAGUGGCAGGGCAAAACGUGACUGAAGUUGACUGAGUUUGGGUGACUUUUGAGCGGGAGAAGGGGAGGGAAGAGGGUUGGGCCCCUAUG